GUAUUAUGGUCUGUUUCAGGUGAUCAUAAAGGACACCAGUCUUGUAUUGACACCAGCCAAUAUAAAGGCAUACAUCCUAAUGACGUUACAGGGUCUGGAAUACAUGCACAAUCACUGGAUCCUGCACAGGGAUCUGAAACCCAAUAAUUUGCUACUGGAUGAAAAUGGAGUCUUGAAGCUGGCUGAUUUUGGCUUAGCCAAAGCGUUUGGAAGCCCGAACCGAGUGUAUACUCAUCAAGUUGUUACAAGAUGGUAUCGUGCCCCGGAGCUGCUCUUUGGUGCCAGGAUGUACGGUGUGGGUGUGGACAUGUGGGCAGUUGGCUGCAUUCUUGCUGAGCUUUUACUCCGAGUGCCAUUUUUAGCUGGAGAUUCAGACUUGGACCAACUGACAAAGAUCUUUGAAGCUUUGGGAACCCCAACAGAGGAGACAUGGCCUGGGCUGUCUAGUCUUCCGGAUUAUGUGUCAUUUAAACUGUUUCCUGGCACUUCAUUGGAGCACAUCUUCAGCGCAGCUGGCGAUGACCUUCUGGAGCUCCUGAAGGGAUUAUUCACCUUUAACCCCUGCACACGCACUACAGCUUCACAGGCUUUGAAGAUGAAGUAUUUCAGCAAUAGACCAGGACCAACCCCAGGACCUCAGCUUCCCAGACCAAACUCCUCAACAGAAGCCCUGAAAGAGAAAGAAAACCUGUUGAUUGGAAUCAAGAGAAAACGUGACAGUGUUGAACAGGGUUCCCUUAAAAAGAAACUGGUGUUCUGAGUGUUUUGGAUGCUGUUUUCUUCCACUAGUGCUGCUGUGGUCCUGCAUGAAUGGCGAAUGUGAUGUUCAACAGUGCAUUUAACAGAGUUACGAAAUUAACAUAUUUAUGUGUCAGUUUAAUUAUUUUUGCAGUUAUUUUUUUUAUGUACUUCCGGAAAUUAAAUU